AUGAAGACGGUUGCAGAGCUUGAAGCUAGGGCAAUGGCGGAUUUGGGAGAAAGAGAAAAAUCCAGAGAAUCAAGAGCAAAAUUGUGUUUUGAUAUGGAUAUGGAAGCUGACAACGAUUGUGGUUGGAAGCCAAAAGAAGGAAUGACUUUUGAUUCAGAAGAAGGUGUGUAUGAUUUUUAUAAUGCAUAUGGAGCAAGAAUGGGGUUUAGCAUAAGAAGGGAAUAUUGUAAGAAGAACAAGGUUACUAAUCAAAUUAUUUCUAGAAAUUUGGUUUGCAACAAAGAGGGAUUUCGGAAGGUUGACAAGCGAGACCCAUUGACAAAAAAUCCUAAAGCUGAAACUAGGAUUGGUUGUGAGGCCCGUCUUUUUGUUAAAUUGGAUGUCAGUACUGAGAAAUUUGUUGUGAUUGAUUUCAAAGAAAAACACAACCAUCAAUUUGUAUCUCUAGAUUGUGCCCAUAUGUUGCCAUCGCAGAGAAAGAUAUCACCUACCCAAGCAAUUGAGUUAGACUUAGCGUCACAGUCUGGUCUUCGUUUAGGGCAAUCUUUUGAACUCAUGGGUAGGGAAGCUAGUGGGAGGCAGUCUCUUGGGUUUCUCAAAUUAGAUAAUGAGGAGCAAAUAAUGAAUAUGUUUUGGGCCGAUGCACAAAUGAUCAUGGAUUAUGCCCAAUUUGGCGAUGUAGUUACAUUUGAUACUACCUACAAGUUAAAUAAAGAGCAUAGGCCAUUUGCAUCUUUUGUGGGAUUUAACCAUCAUAGAGAAACAGUCGUUUUUGGUGCAGCUUUGUUGUAUGAUGAGACUGCCAAAACAUUUGUAUGGUUAUUUCAAACUUUUUUAGAGGCUAUGUCAAAAAACGCACCAAAAACUUUGUUUAGCGAUCAAGAUGCUGCAAUGGCUAAGGCCAUACCUAUUGUGAUGCCUGACACGAGUCACCGUUUGUGCACAUGGCAUUUGAUGCAAAAUGUAUUAAGGCAUGUUAACUGUCUCUUUCAAGAUAAAGGGGUGAAAGGUGUGUUAAAUAAAUUCUUGUUUGACAUUGAGGAUGAAAAUGAAUGGAAAUUGAAGUGGGGGGAAAUGCUUGAUGCAUAUGAUGCUCAUGAUAAUCAUUGGUUAAUGUUGACUUUUGGGGUGAAGGAAAAAUGGGGCUGGGCAUAUGUUAAAUCAACACGGGCUGCGGGAAUGAGUACGACACAACUCAGUGAAUAUUUUAAUGCGUUUUUGAAGGAUUACAUUCGUUCUGAUUUUAAUUUAAAGGAAUUCUUCAUGCAUUUUGAAAGGGUACUUUCUGAGAAGCGGUACAAGGAGUUAGAAGCAGGCUCUAUAUUGUUUCCUACUCUUUAUAGUCAUGUCUUUGAGCUCCCCAUUCACGAUAAUUACUUCUUUAAGAGUAGACAAGACUUCCAUGCGUUCUUCAUCGAUAUCAUUCUCGACCACCUUCAAAUUAUGCUGCAUAUGUGGAGGGAUCCACCACUGAAAGAAGUUACAACCAUUCGGAUAAUUGUGGCAUACAAAAUAAAGGCAAUUUGGAUUAUCCGUUGA